AUGGACACUGACAGCUGCUACUACUGUAAAAACACUAUUUGCUUCGCCAAGGAUCGUUACUUAGUAAGGUACUCCUUUCCACAGAGGUUAACUGCACUAGAAGCAGAACUUUGUACAGUUGCUUCAAGUGAUCCAAGCUUUGCCUCAACAAUUCUUGAUGCAUAUACUGAGCAUCAGCACGUUAAACAGAACAGUGCUUACCACAGGUUAGAUGUCAUUGAUAGGUGCUUCUCGAGAAGAACAGUGGAGGAUAUCAUAUCUGCACUUGAGAGAGAGUUUACUCAGAGACCAGAUGACUGGAUCUCCUCUACCACUCAAGCAUUGAAGAAGGCUUCACCAUCAAGCCUUAAAAUAUCUCUUAGAUCGAUAAGAGAAGGAAGACUACAGGGGGUGGGGCACUGCCUUAUUCGUGACUAUAGAAUGGUGUGUCAUGUGAUGAAGGGAGAUUUAAGCAAAGACAUAGUGGAGGGGUGUAGAGCCAUACUGGUGGACAAAGAUAUGAACCCAAAGUGGGAGCCAAGGCGACUGGAGGACAUCAAGGAUAGAAUGGUAGAUAAGUUCUUUGAGAGAUUGGAGGGAUUGGAGGAUCUAAAGUUUCCGCCAAGGAACAACUUGCGUGCUUCAUCAAUCGCAGCAAAGCUGUGAAGAAGAAAUGGUGUGUGAUGAGACAUUAACCAUUGACCAAACCAAGCGAAAAGACCAAAACCCGAAAUAUCAAGAUUAAGUGUUUGAACUCCUUUUGUUUCUUUAUAUUGUAUCAAACAAGAAUAAACGUGCGUUAUUUCUUCCUUUCUUUCUAGGAGCACAAUAUCUCAUGAUUCAAUUAAGUCUUCCUAGUCUUUCCGAAUUU